UUUUUUUUUUGAUGCACUGAAACUGUUCGAUAAAAUGCGUAAACGAGAUCCUCCGUCCGUAGAAGAAGCAGAAGGAAGAAGAAAGUUUUUGAGAGUAAGUAACCACGUAAAGGAAGCAAAACAGAGCCCAAGGACACCGAGUGAAUUAGUCGCCACGUCCAUGACACGUGGUGAAUUCCGAAGCAGUCGGCUUGAUCAGGCCCAUUAAACUUAGGCCCAUGAAAUUCAACUAAACCAGAUUAAGGAUAAGAAUACUCUUGUCUCCAAACAGAACUUCAAAAUUUUCAAAUCGGAGAAGGGAUAAAUCGACGAUAUCUUUUCUUUCUCACACGAUAUAUACUUUAACCCUUAGUCGUCGUCGUCGUCGUCUCCGGCAGAGUCAAUAACACCGAUCCGUUUAAGAGAUGGAGAAGUCAGUGGAUCUAGUUCCGGCGAUGGUUGUAUUUCUCGCAGCAGUUCACGUCAUCGCCUUGGUUUACUGGAUUUAUAGAUUGGCAUCAGAUCGUCCACCUCAGAGAAAAAAAUCUCAGUAGAAGAAAACUUCGAUUCUUCAUCGAUCGGUGUGUUUUUUUUUUUUUUUUUUUUUUUUUUCCAAUCUGUUUUGAUGAGUAUUUAUGGAAUUUGAAACUUGUGUAAGGAUCUUGAUUAGUUGAUUAUAUGCAUACACUUUUUUAGUGUUUGAUAGAUUU